UAUUAUAAACACUCAGAAACUUGUAGAUUCUCCCGACUUCUUCGAUAACUAUUUAUUAAAAUAAAAUAAUUCUUUUUUUUGAAACUUAAAUUAUAAUAUAACUCAGAUCAUGAUUUCUGUUGUUGUCAUCACUGAGCUACUGGUUGAGUACACGGCGGCGCUGGCAAAACUCACCGCCGGGAUUCUUCCGAGACGUCAAGGAGACAGAGACGUCGUACGCAUCGGCGGUUUCUCUCUACGUUAUCCUCCUCGAUCGACGACAACGAUUCCAGAUUUCUCUUCUCAUCUCGUUGACUUCUGAUAUGCGACCAACGAUCUUUGUCAGAUCUCAGUUUUGUGUGAUUCUCCGGAGCUUGUGACGGGAGAGACUUUUAUUUAUUUUUCUUCCCUUGAUUGUAUUAUCUCGUACUCUGGUUUUUGUUGUUUAUGUGAGGAAAGAGUUUUGGAUCGAUUAAAGGUUUGUAAAAUUGUAUCGAGUUAUAAUUGAGAUAAUUAUUUUGAUGAACUGCAAA